AUUUCCCCGGACUUUUGCUGUAUCUCAUUUCAAUCCAUCUGUGUGUGACUCGAAAUUCAAUCAUCCUCUUUACUCAAAUACCUGAAUCUCCUCUCACUUUUACUUCCAUUUUCCUCAUUCACAAUGGCGUCCAAAACUUUUGCCAGAACUUUGCGCACUGCUUCCAAGCAAAAGGCCACAGUCCCAGCUAUCUCCCGGAGGACCUUUGUGUCUGCCGUCGCUACACGACCACUCGUCGCAGCUUCGAGAUCUAGCUUGGCCCCUCCUUCUCAACAGCAGACUCGCGGUGUCAAGACCGUCGACUUUGCCGGUGUCAAGGAGACCGUUUAUGAACGAGAGGACUGGCCCCGUGAGAAGCUUCUGGAGUACUUCAAGAACGAUACCCUCGCCCUCAUCGGUUACGGCUCCCAGGGUCACGGCCAAGGUCUCAACCUGCGUGACAAUGGCUUGAAUGUCAUUGUCGGUGUCCGAAAGAACGGUGCUUCCUGGAAGGAGGCCGAACAAGAUGGCUGGAUCCCAGGAAAGAACUUGUUCGAUGUUGAUGAGGCUAUCUCCAAGGGCACCAUCGUCAUGAACUUGCUCAGUGAUGCUGCUCAGAGUGAGACAUGGCCGGCUAUCAAGCCCCAGCUGACCAAGGGAAAGACCCUCUACUUCUCCCACGGUUUCUCCCCCGUCUUCAAAGACCUCACCAAGGUCGAGGUCCCCACCGACAUUGAUGUCAUCCUCGUUGCACCCAAGGGUUCCGGCCGUACCGUUCGAAGUCUCUUCCGUGAAGGCCGUGGCAUCAACUCCUCCGUUGCCGUCUACCAAGAUGUGACUGGCAAGGCCGAGGAGAAGGCCGUCGCCCUCGGCGUCGCCGUUGGCAGUGGAUAUCUCUACAAGACCACAUUCGAGAAAGAGGUCUACUCCGAUCUCUACGGUGAGCGUGGCUGCUUGAUGGGUGGUAUCCACGGUAUGUUCCUGGCCCAAUACGAAGUUCUCCGAGAACGCGGCCACUCUCCCUCCGAAGCCUUCAACGAGACCGUCGAGGAGGCCACUCAGUCUCUCUAUCCUCUUAUCGGCGCCAACGGUAUGGACUGGAUGUACGCUGCUUGCUCCACCACUGCACGACGUGGUGCCAUCGACUGGUCAGGCCGAUUCAAGGACACCUUGAAGCCCGUCUUCAACGACCUCUACGAUAGCGUCAGGAACGGAAGUGAAACCAAGCGAUCGCUUGAGUAUAACAGCCAGCCUGAUUACAGAGAGAAGUAUGAGAAGGAGUUGGAGGAGAUUCGCAAUCUUGAGAUCUGGCGCGCUGGCAAGGCUGUCCGAUCCCUUCGACCCGAGAACCAGUAAAUGUUUCAAUCACGGCUGAAUACAGAACCACGGCUGUUAUUGAGGGGGUAGAUUUGGACAAGAUGAAAAAGUUAUCCAUGGGACUGAGAUGUGACUGGCGCUUUUGGGGUACAAGGGUUGAAUUGAACAAUGCAAAGUAACUCCGCAGCAAUGCCAUGUACACAAUCGAGCUCGACCAAUCCGUGGCCAGAUGGUUACAACAUAGGAUCUGAAGAGACAUUUCAAGUGCGAUUCUUUCCAAUACAUGUUCCCACACUAGAGACCAGCCGGUAUGGGAUUUGUUGAUGAUUGCCUCAUUGAUUGCGGUUUUUGCGCCUUGCUCUGAGUGUGUAAUUGGCUUUGAAUGGCCAGCAAUUUAUUUUAUGUAAAUGCGAAGACAAUGGGGUAUCUCUCUUGUGAUCGUAUACGUAGCAUUUGAUACACUCUCUAGUCGAACCUGCUGUGAGUUCA